AUGGACUUUGUGAUGUCUUCCGAUAUUAGUGCAGUUAGCAGUAGUGAUAAUAUUAAUGGUAACUCGGAGUUGGUGGAUACGGUGAUUAAGACACACAGGAGAUGUGCAAGUGAUGGCAACUGGUUCGACAUAGACCGAGUACUAAACACUCUGAACGAACAUGCAGAUGUAAACGAGAAAAACACAGCUUCAGCCACAAAAAAACAGCCAAAUAACUCAAGCUGCCAAAAGGGACCAAACAGGGGGCCAAAUUGUUCAAUCUUUGAGUGUUCCAAAGUGGACAUGGAGUGUGAGGUUGAGAAUGCACAAGUGCUGCUGAAGAACAUCACCAAUCUGAAGAGCUGUGGGGAGGAGAAGUUGAGGGAGAUGUUGCUGAGUACUCAGGAGCAGCUCAAUUCCAGAAAUGGAGAGAUGCAGAAAAUGUCCGAAUUGCGUGAUACAAUCAGUGCCGAGUUGGCCGAACUCACUUCGUGUCUGUUCGAAGAGGCCAAUCGGAUGGUGAGUGAAGCGAAUAAGGAGAGAUUCAUGGCGGAAAAGAGAGCGAAGGAAAGUCAACUUGCAGUCUCAUUACUACAGGAAGAAAUAAAAGUACUCAAGUCAUUUUCGACCAGGUUCAAACUAUCUCAGAGACUAAGUCGCAAUCAGAGUCUGGAUUCAAUUAAGACCAACAGAAAUCAAGCACCAAAGAAAUCUUUCGAAGAGACAAAGCUUUUAUCACUAGGUGUAUCAAAUAGCCAAAACUCACUUGAAAUUGUAGACAAAUACGCGGAGUUUGAAAAAUUGGACACAAAAAUGUUCCAUGACUUUCUUGUCUGGCGUGAAGAUCCUCAGUUUUUACGCAAAGCCAAUUUUUACUGUCAAAUUCUAGAUAAUGAUUUAAAACCGUGCCUAAGUUUCUGUCAAAGUGAUAUUCGGGACCAAAUUCUAAGUUCGUGCGAGGCCAAUCGGCUAGUGAUUGAGAGUAUAGCUCAGCCAAGCAGUAGUAGCGAUGACGCAUCACCCAAAUCAUUGCACUGUCAAUUGUCAGGCACGGCAAGAAUAUGCAAUUUCAAGGUGAUUGUGUUAGAUGUUGAAUGUUCACCUCAGUCGUCCUAUGUGGUGUGUAAGAUGGUGCGCAAUCGGAUAGCCGCAGUCUGUGAGCUCCUCACCUUCCUCAGAUAUGUCUCCCAGAACCUCUACGCCUCCCAUCAGAGUAUAGAUCUCUUUCUCAAACUCACAGAUCUACAGAAACUAUGUGCCAUGGCUAGACUCGGUUUUGUGUAG